UGUGCCAUCGACGACACCUCUUGCUCCAGGAGCUCGUGUACGAUCAUGGCAAAGCUGCAAGGUACCCGGCUCGGUGCCUUCCGGGCAUACUUCUUUGGAUUCUUCAUUUGCACUGCUGGUUUCCUCUUUGGGUACGACACAGGCAUUGUUGGCGGCGUCCUUACCAUGACAUCCUACAAACGCGAUUUCGGAUACUCGGACAACACCACCGUCUCUGCAGUAAUGGUCUCAUUACAGAAUGUCGGUGCCUUCCUCGCUGCCUGCGCUAUCUUUCCCGUAUCGGAACGAUUUGGGCGUAAGAAAACCGUACAAGUGGCUUGCACCGUCUUUAUUAUUGGAGUCAUUCUGCAAGUAAUACCCUCACACUCGUUAGUGUGUUUCUACAUUGGACGCUUCGUCUCUGGCCUGGGACUCGGGUCAGCAACAGCUGUAGUACCCAGCUAUAACGCGGAACAAGCACCGAAAGAGAUCAGAGGAAAGCUGGGAUCUGGCAUGCAGUUGCUCUUCGCAGCAGGUGUUUUAAUAUCAUAUUGGGUCGACUACGCUACAGUCCACGAUAUGCCUGUGUCUUCAGCACAGUGGCAGAUUCCCGUAGGAUUGCAAAUGUUACCAGCAGCUGUUCUUGGUAUCGGCCUCUUCUGGCAGAAGGAAUCGAUCCGAUGGCUCGCUACGAAGGGAAGAAACGACGAGGCCUGGGAAGCCCUGACUUGGAUGCGAGCAGACAGUGGUCCUGAGGUCAAGGCCGAAUUCGACGAAAUCAAAGCUGGUAUCGCGGCAGAGCUUCUGGCGACUGAAGGGUUCAGGAAGAAGGAAUUGCUGGAGCCCGCGAACCGAUAUCGCCUUGCACUCGCCUUUGGAGUAUUCCUUGGGCAGCAGUGCACCGGAAUGACAGCACUUGCUUACUUCGGACCACAAUUCUUCAAAUUGCUCGUCGGAGCUGGAGACAAGAAUCUUCUCAUCACAGGACUUUUCGGUGCCGAAAAGUUCAUCACUGUCGCAACAUACAUCUUCCUCUUCUCGGAACGAUGGGGACGCAAGCCAACACUCUGGAUCUCAGCGCUUAUCAUGUCGGGCCUUUUCGUCAUUGUUGCGGUCGUCAACAAUACCACUCCAGCCCCAGUGAACAACCAGACAACCGGAGCCGGAAUCGCAACAGUUGCGCUGAUCUUCCUCACGAAUUCGGUCUACCAAUUCUCAUGGGGUCCAGUACCAUGGCCAUACACUGCAGAGAUCUUCCCCUCCCGCAUCCGUGAAAUCGGAACUUCCACCGGUGUAGCCACGCAAUGGCUCUUCAACUUCCUCUUCUCGCUCGUGACACCGUACAUGAUCGCAGCUUGGGGCUCCUAUACAUUCCUCUUCUACGCUUGCCUCGACAUCAUCAUGGCAAUUGGAGUGUUCUUGUUCUUCAAGGAGACAAAAGGCAGGACAUUGGAAGAAAUGGAGCAGAUCUUCCAUUCAAGAGCUGCGUUCGAUAAUGAGGCUGUCAGAAGGAAAGCUUUGGAACACUUGGGUGACAGUGGGAGCGAAGAUCGAGUGUACACGACGAUGAUAGUGGAUGGUCAUAAGGAUACGAGAGUAUGA